AAAAUCCCAAAUUCAAUCCAACUCCAAAACUUUAUUCAACAUCACUAAUUCCGAACCCUUUCCCACAACCACCACCACCAACCGGCAACUACAUCUGUCACAAUGGGACGUCUUCACUCCAACGGAAAGGGAAUUUCGGCUUCGGCCAUCCCCUACUCGCGCACUGCCCCGGCCUGGCUCAAGACCACUCCUGCCCAGGUCGAGGAGCAGAUCUGCCGUCUUGCCCGCAAGGGUGCCUCUCCCUCCCAGAUCGGUGUCGUUCUCCGUGACUCUCACGGAAUCGCCCAAGUCCGCAUCGUUACUGGUAACAAGAUCCUACGAAUCCUCAAGUCCAAUGGCCUCGCUCCUGAGCUCCCCGAGGAUCUUUACAUGUUAAUCAAGAAGGCUGUCUCCGUCCGAAAGCACCUGGAGCGCAACCGCAAGGACAAGGAUGCCAAGUUCCGCCUCAUUCUGAUCGAGUCGCGAAUCCACCGUCUUGCUCGUUACUACAAGACCGUCGGUGUUCUACCCCCGACCUGGAAGUACGAGAGCGCCACCGCCAGCACCAUCGUCUCAUAAGCAAAAAGCCUAUGGAGGAGAUGUGUUUUGCAUGGAAUGCCUGGUCUGGUCAUGGAGUUCGUGGAAAACGGAAUUGCUUUUAUGGCAGCCACAAGAUUAGUUUAAGGUUGUUGGUCGCAUCACAUAAGAGAGGCGAAUGAAUAAGCAAUCACAAGAGAUCAAUCAAUGCAAAUCUCGCAAGGAACA